GCACUCGCUCGUUGACAGCCGCGGGCUGGGCGGCUCCGUGGGGCAUGGCCUCUUCGAUUCUCGGCCGCAUCCUCGCCAUCGUCCUAGCCGUCGCCGCCGCCGGCCGGCUCGGCCUCGGCGUGAUCGCGUAUCGCACCGCCAAUGCCCUCGAGCGGCCGUCGUACUCCGUCGUUCGCCAGCUUGGCGGCGGGGUUGAGCUGCGGCGGUACUCUCCCUACCUGAUCGCCGAGACGAGUGUCCGCGCCGACUCGAUGCGCGAGGCGAGCGGCAAGGGCUUUCGGGAGGUUGCGGGCUAUGUCUUUGGCAAGAACCGGCCCGCCACCAAGAUGGCCAUGACUGCGCCCGUGCGCAUGUCCUCCGACCCUCGAGGCGGAGUGCCGUCCACCACUCGCGUCUCCUUUGUCCUGGAGAAGAGCUACUCACGGCGAACGGCGCCCGCGCCGCUCCGCGGGCAGGAUGUUCGUGUGCGCAGCGUCGCGCCCCACCUUCUGGCCGCGCGCUCCUUUAGUGGGCCGCCGCCGUCAGAGAAGCGGGUGUCGAGCGAGCGGCAGCGGGUGCUCGACGCGCUGAGCGCCGCCGGCCUCAGGCCGGCCUCGGACGGGGAGACACUCCUCUACGGGUAUCACGACCCCUUCAUCACGCCCUCCUUCAUGCGGAAGAACGAGGUUGCCGUCAGAGUGGAGGACUCGGCAGCAGAGGUGCGCGCCUCCUAAGGACGCGAGCUAGAAGCAACACAUGCACAUCCACACGGGCCGCGUAGGCUGGCUGAGACGUACUUGGUGCACGCACAUUGGCUUUAGAUAUAAAGUCGGCGAAAGCCAAACUUAAUAACGUGUGU